AUGGAAUUUUCAUGUAUCUUAUUUUUCUAUAUUUUAUUACCGGCUAUAACGGCGACAAGGCAAUGCUGGGCUGACACUUCAUAUUCAAAAACAAAUGUUCACACUGGGAAUCAAGCCAAGCUGACAUGCGCCGGAGACUUCUGCGCAAAAUUUGUCUAUCCGACCGGAACCGAAUGGGGAUGCCCGGCACCUGGAGUGUGUACGAAAGGCGGGAAGCAGAAAGACUAUACGGGCCCAAUAGACGCCACCGGAAAGCGAGCUACCGGAACGAUGUACUGCUGCGACCGGGAGCUUUGUAAUUCCGCGGGUUCGUUUGAUGCUAUUGCCUUUUCCAUCAAAUGCUGGAGCGAUCAAACCUCAGAGCUACAAGAAACGCACACAGCAGCGAAAAAGCUGGUCGACUGUCCAUCGAUGAGUUUUUGCGGGAAAUUGGUCUACGAGGGCGGUGUCGAGUGGGGUUGCAUCGAAAAGGAGGCUUAUUGUGUGGAUUCCAAAUCACAGCUACUAACGAUUGGGGAUGAGCACAAGAUUGAAUGUAUGACCGAUUUUUGUGCAAAGAGCAUAUUGGCGAACAGCAUGGAAAAUAUUGCGGCCUGGGAUUGUGGAACGAUGCUCCUCUGGGCCGUCUCCUUCAUGAUCCCCAGCUUCACCGACGUCGAGCUCGACAGACCGUUCAAGACGUACAUCUACUCCCUCAACCUCAACCACGCCCUACUUGCCGCCGUCAGCGUCAUGGUUGGAUAUGAUCAACGAGGCAAACACCUCGGCUUCGGCGAGCUGUUCGAGCGCGGCAGCGCCAACUUCAACCUGGCCAGCGCGCUGAUAAUGCUCAUUAUUGAUUGUGUUUGGAUGCACUUGUACGCGUGGACGGUGGACCAGAGCCGAAAAGCCGAGGGCACCAAGUGGUUCAAGGAAUGGAUGAAAGAGAUGAGGGGCCACUACCACCUCGAGGGCGAGCAGGUCAAGCCGGAGGUGAGGAAGGGCCUUGUCGAUGAAGUUGACCAAGUUCGGUCCUCGAAAGUGGCCGAUAUUGAGGUGGAGUCGUUGACAAAGAAAUACGGGCUCACCGGCGGCUACGGGCUCAUUGACAUGAAUUUGCGAGCCACGAGAGGACAGGUUACUGUACUGCUUGGGCACAACGGUGCCGGCAAGAGCACAGCGUUCAACGUCAUUUGCGGCAAGACGAAGCCAACGUUUGGUACCGUCCACGUCGAGGGCCCCAUUGGCCUGUGCCCUCAGACAAACCCGCUCUUCGCGAAGCUGUCCGCCCUCGAGCACCUCUGGUUCUUCCACCACCUCAAGGGCUCAUCGGGAGACUGGGAGGAUGAGGCCGAGAGGCUGAUGCACGACCUCGACUUUUACGACGCCAAGGAUGAGCUCGCCCAAAACCUGUCCGGUGGUACAAAACGGAAACUGUGCGUGGCGAUGGCCGUCAUUGGGGAUCCGAACGUGAUACUUCUGGAUGAGCCGACAGCAGGGAUGGAUCCUGGAGCGAGGAUUGCCGUGGAGAAAUUGUUGCAACGAGUGAAGAAAGAUCGCACCAUCCUCCUGACGACCCACUUCAUGGACGAGGCGGAGAAGGUCGGCGACUGGGUGACGAUCAUCCAGAGCGGCCGCAACAUCCUCAACGGCUCCCCGGAGUACCUGAAGAAGAAAUACGGUACCGGCUACAUUCUGACGGUCGUCGGAAGUCCGGUGGUGGCCGGCGUGAUUCAGGAUACGACGGCUCGAGUGGAUUACCAGGCGCUCGAGAAGUUUGGCCAAAAUAUCGCUGAGGUGUGCCACAAGAUUUGCGGCGGUGAUAUCGCUGACUAUCCGGUUGGCGUGGCUCGAGGUCGCCAAAUUGAUGUGACGAUCCCCGUGGAGCACAAGACAAAGUUCCCGGUGUUGAUGAACCUCCUGGAAAACAUGAUGCAAAAACAACCCGAUCCCAACCUCCCGGUAGCCCUCCUCGACUUUGGCCUGUCGAUGAACACGCUGGAGCAGGUGUUUUUGAAGGUGACUGAUGGCAACUCGACCGACAGAUCUUCCGGUGUGGCCGCCAUGACGGAGAGCUGGGUAAAAGCCCGAAAACUCGACGGAUCCGCGCUACAUUGGGCCCAAUUCCUGGCGAUGCUCCGGAAGCGCUUCCUGCACAACUACCGCAAUUGGGGGCUGCUUUUGGCGCAGCUCGUCCUCCCCACCCUAUGCCUGCUUCUCUGCUUGAGAAACGUGAAGGAGGCAGCGGUGCCGCGCGAAAUGACCGACGUCUACAUCCCCUACGACUUCUCCGACAUGCUGUACCCGGCCCGGGUCAUCCUCCAAGACACCGCCCGCGGCGGCUCCCCCGGCUCGAGCUUCUACAACGAAAAAUUUAAGACCAUGGAGACCGAGUUCAUCUCCGUCGCCGCGCACGACAGCUUUGAUACAGCCGUUCUGAAGAUGCUCGUCGCCGUCGGGAUGGCAAAAGAUGCGAAUCGCCGUCUUCGCCAGUACAGCGGCGGCCAGAAGCGGAAGAUCAGCAUCGGCAUCGCCCUCCUCGCCCAGAAUACGAUUCGAAUUUUGGAUGAGCCGACAGCUGGAUUGGACCCGAGGGCCCGCCGCGAGAUCUGGUCGUACCUCGACUUGGCCCGUCACCGUGGAGCUGGUGGCCGUACCGCCCAGCUGUUGACGUCGCACUCGAUGGAUGAGUACAGCGGCGGCUACAAGUUGACCCUGGUCCUGCGUGGCGGCGACGUCGGCGAGCUGACGGCCGAUCAACUGGAAGAGCGCACGAAGCAGCGCAUCGAGAAUGUCUGCCGCGCCGUGACGGACACCUUCCCCGAGGCCAAAAUCCAUGAGAUUGGCCACUCGCUGACCGGCGUCUGGGUGGUCCCCGCGACGAACCUGCCGUGGUCAAACAUCUGGGCCGACGUGUUGGCGUUGGUCCAGGAGGGCCGCGGGCUUGGUGCG